AUGUCCAUGAACUUUGUCACUUUCAAUCAGGACUACAGCCACCUGGCUGUAGGCACCUCAAGAGGAUUCCGAAUCUUUAAAACCGACCCCUUUGCGAAAUGCUUCGAGUCCAGAGAUGCCGGCAACAUCGCCAUACUCGAAAUGCUCUUCUCGACUUCCUUAGUAGCCCUCAUACUUUCACCGCGACGACUCCAGAUCAAGAACACGAAAGUAGGAGGCAAUUUCAUAAUGGUUGGUCGAGCUUUGCUGACAAGAGCAGAGGGAUUCCAUAAUAUGCGAGCUCACCUUUCCCACUACGGUUCUGUCUCGAUUUGUGGCCUGUCUCCUUCUUCAGACAAUUGCUACAUAGCCUAUCCCCUACCACAGAAGGCUUCAGCAUCCUCAUUUACUCCUCCAUCUCAUGCGCCGCCCAAUAGUACACAUGUGCCUCCGACUUCGGGCGAAGUUCUCUUGUUCGAUGCCGUUAAACUGGAGGCGGUUAACGUGGUGGAAGCACAUCGAUCACCACUGUCUUGUGUAACGUUCAACAACGAAGGGACCGUUCUGGCGACAUCGUCUGAUAAGGGAACGAUCAUUCGGGUGUUUUCUGUUCCUGACGCACACAAACUUUACCAGUUUAGAAGAGGGUCCAUGCCGGCUAGAAUAUACAGCAUGGCUUUUAACAUCACGUCCACUCUUCUGUGCGUGUCGUCGGCCACAGAGACUGUGCAUAUCUUCAAAUUGGGCCCUCCGCCGAGCCGCUCUCCCGACCAAGAUGAAGUACCUUCCCCCACCAAGGUCAGCUCAGCAUUCACUCGGCGGUUGAGCCAGGGAAGUGACACCUUGUACGACCAGGUUGAGGGGGACGAAGGCGAGGGCGAAUCCCCUACAACCAUAUCAAGCCGGAAACCGAAUGGCACAUUGAUGGGCCUAUUACGAAGAACUUCGCAACAUGUGGGGACCAACCUUGCCUCAACAGUCGGCGGAUAUCUGCCCAAAGGAGUGGCAGAGAUGUGGGAACCUUCGCGUGAUUUUGCCUGGAUCCGACUGCCAAAGAGCAACUCCGGAACAUCUCCUAGUCAAUUGCGCAGCGUGGUUGCGAUGAGUCCGAAUUCUCCGCAUGUUAUGGUGGUGACGAAUGAGGGUAACUUUUACGUUUUCAGCAUUGAUUUCGCGAAGGGAGGAGAGGGCACACUAGUCAAACAGUACUCGGUUCUUGAUAUCAACGACAAGGUCGGUGGGUCAGCGAUGGACUUUUGA